AUGGCUGAACGCAUUCCUGAUCAUCAUCAUCAUCAACAACAGGAGCCGCCGGCCAAUCUCUUGUCGAGUCCGUCCAAAGGCGAGGACACGGAGAACGCGCAGCUGGUGCAGCGGUUCAAGAACGCGCUGCGGAAGAACGUCGAACAGAUCGAAGCCCAGGUGAAGGUGUGGGAAACGCAGAUCUUCAGCCCCGAACUCCGAGCCAAGAUGAGCGGCACCGAGAUGAAGAAAAAGAGCGAUACCGUCCUCUCUAUGCACAAGACUCUGCGCCAGUAUCCGCUGUCCAAGCAGUUCCCCCAGUUUCCCGUCUAUCUGGUCGAACAGAACCGACCGGGAGGCAGCAACGCCGGCCUGUCCGUUCGAGCUGUGGCGAUGCUGCACCACUCGCGAGAGCUGGAGCCCAUUUUCUGGGAGUUCUUCGCCAAGUGCACAUUCCUCAAGGAAAAGACCGAGCGAAUCGAGAGCCUCCCCGACUGCAUCGCGCUCGGCAAGGUCAUCAAGGCCCUCAAAGAGGAACUCAAGAGUUGCGAGGGAACGCCGGUGAGGCAACAGAGGGUCAGCAGCACCAGCAGCACGGAGAGCAUUUCCGACCUGCAGAGCGCGCACCUGUCCCACCAGACUGUCAGGACGCGCCGGCCGUCAUCGCUGGGCAGCGCCGACAGCCGAGCCGAGGUGAUCGUCGCGCCCGACUCGUCGUCGUCGCAGGAAGUGGUCUCGGUGACGGAGGACCAGGGCGGCAGCGAGCAGCACCGCCCCCAAAGCUAUCACCGCCACAGCCGAGAAAAGCGAAACGAAGGCCAGGAGAGCGAAAGCGACGCGAAGGAAAGCGAAAGCGAAAUCGGAGGAGCCUCGCUGGGCGGUCGGCCGUCGCUGACGCUGUCGGCCCCUAUCUCGAUCCCGAUCUCGCCUCGCUACCAGACCCGCGCCGCCGUCGGCGAUGUCAACAACCACAGUGUCGACGAGAAUGUCGCGGGUGACCGCGGGCUUCCCGAUGACGAGGGGGAGGGCCACUACGACGACGGCGCCGCCAAGGAGUACCUGACCAUGUCAUCGCCCGUGGCGGCUUCGCCCGUGCUGCACUCGGUGUCGCUGCCGGCGUCGCCCUCGUCUCCGCUGCGCAAGUCCGCCGGCAAGCGGGGCGAAGUGGAGCUGUUCGGGCGGGACGGCGGGUUCGUGGUGCGACGCAAGGGCGGACCCGACGGCACCAAGAAGCGCGGGUACCUCGUCAAGCUGAGCGGUAUCCGCUUCGCCAAGUCCAAGAAGCGCUGGUUCGGAUUCCAGGGCGGAUACCUCGUCUAUUGGCGCCUGCAGGAGAACGAAGAUGACUUCCCGUUGGGCGAGUAUGAUAUGCGGAUGUGUUCGGUGAAGGAGGCCAAGCUGCCGAACAAGACCAACACGUUCGCGCUCAUCACGCCCAAGCGCAACAUCUAUCUGCAGGCCUCCACCUACAAGGACAUGCUCAUGUGGAUGAACGCCAUGAACGACGCCAAGAAGCCGAGUAUCGGGCUCGAUGAAGGUGACGACGAGAUCGAUGAAAUGACGAAGAUGAUUCCCCGAGAGGCCAAGACGUGCGGCUCCCUGAUGAUGCUUAGCGAGCGACAGUCGACGCUGGCGAUCCCGCUUUCGCCGCUCAAUUUGCUCGCGGGCAAUCAGAAGUGGUCCAAGCGGUGGUUCGUCAUCGAGGACGGAUUUUUGACCUACUACAAGAAGAAACAGGACACGGAGUUCGCGGGAUUGCCGAUCGAUCUCCUGUUCUGUUCGGUGAAGGAGCUGGAGGUGCCGGGGCAGAAGCACUGCUUCCAGCUGGUGGGGAAGGACGACGUGGCCAUCCUCUUGCACAGCGAGAGCGAAAACGAGAUGCUCGAAUGGAUCGGAUCGCUUAGAGAUGCGAUCACGAGUCUUCGGGCGAACGUGAUGAACGAUUCGGCGCACUCGCCCCAACUCCGAAACCUUCCCAGCGGCAAGUCCAAGGACGAGAAGGAGAGCAAGCGAGACAACAAGGAGGAGUCGACAGCGACGACCUCAAGCGAUGACACCCAGGCGCGGGAGGUCAGGAUCGUCGCCAGUGGAGGCGGCGGUGGCGGAGACAAGCCGCCGCUGUCCGAGAGCGAAGACGGGAAGGAGAUCAUCCUGCAGGGCUUCCUCAAGAAGCAAACCCACAGCCGAUUCACCAAGUACAAGAAGCGGUGGUGCAUGCUCAGCGCCGACAGCCUCACCUAUUACGAAAACAAGCCAACGGCCGAGGAGAAGAGGAUGCAGCCAUCGGGCUCGAUCCAGAUUCUGUUCGCGAUGGCCCACGAGCUGCCGCUGCGAGAGCGAAGCGGGAAGGAGAUCGCGUACCCGUUCGAGGUGCUGACGGCCAACCGCAACUUCGUGUUCGUCGUCGACUCGGAGGAGGUGCGGAGCGAGUGGGUCAACGCCAUCAAGGACCUCAACGCCAAGCUCAUGAAGACGCAGCUCCAGCACACCCUCAAGGGUCGACAGCGAAGCAUUGCAUCGAUGCUGGCCAAGUCGGGCUCGAAGUUGAAUGUGCGAGCGCUGAACGUUCCCGAGGACGAGGAUUCGCUCGAAGGCCGGGAGUACCGCAAAAAUCUCCUGUUCGACAUCGCCAAGCGACCCGGCAACAACGUGUGCGCUGACUGCGGGCAAGAAGAUCCGGAUUGGGCAUCGAUCAACCUGGGCAUCACGCUGUGCAUUGAAUGCGCGGGCGUGCACCGCAGCCUUGGCGCCCACAUCACCAAGGUCAGAUCGCUCGACCUCGACGAUUGGGAGAUUCACGACAUCCGGUUCUUGGAGCAAACGGGCAACGAGCUGGCCAAUCAAAGGUGGCUGCAGCUGAUGCCUCCGUCAACCGAACCGCUCACGCCCUCGACCGACGUCAAAACGAGGGAAGAAUUCAUAAAGAGGAAAUACACGCCGGCGGCCCAACCUGUCGCACCUCAGACGACACCGACCGCUUCGACCACGAGCGGGUCGUUCGAGCCCAUCCAAUGA